AGAAGCUGUUAAAGGGACAUUAAAAGAUAAAGUAACAAGAUGUGAAGACUGCAGCUACAGCGGCAGGAGAGAAAAGACUAAAAUGGAGGACAGAGAUCAUCUUCAUCCCAACAUCCUGGAAGCUGCUUUAAAGCCAGAAGUUCUGCAUCUGAAAGAUGUAAAGCAGAUGCUGGUGGUUAAAGAAGAGGAUCCUGUAGACCACCUGGUAGGUGCUGAGCUGCUUGAUCCACAGCCCCCCCACACGAAGGAGGAACAGGAGGAGGUCUGCAUCAGUCUGAGGAGAGAGCUGCUCAACAGCAAGGAGGAGACCAUCAGUUUUCCAGUCAGUGUUCCUCCCUUUGAGAGCGUAGAUGAUGAUCAUUGCCCUCUGAUCCUACAGCGUCAUCAACAUCAAGUUAAAGACAAAGAUGUUCUGGGAGAGGAAUCCAUCAGGGUGAAAGAUGAUGGAGAUUGCUUCAUUGCCUCAGAUGAAGUAAAACCCUGCAUCUCUCAGCUGAAACAUUUGUCUGAAUCUAGACUGAAACCUAAGGACGUGAAUGCUGACUGGAAGGAGGGCCCAGAAACAGGAUCCUCACCUUCUCUGGAUGAUGAAGAUACUCGUCUUACAGAGAAGGACGACGAGGACUCAAGAGGGAAAGUCCAGACAGGAAACAUGUUUAGGUGUAAAGACUGCGGUGAAACAUUUCCUGAAAAGGGAAGUUUAAGCAUCCAUAAGAGAAUCCACAAAGAAGAGAAAGCUUCCUGUUGUGAUGUUUGCGGGAAAAGUUUUACACGGACACAUAAUUUGAACAAUCACAUGAGAAUCCACACCGGAGAGAAAUCCUUCUGUUGUGAUGUUUGUGGACAAAAAUUCACCCUAAAGCCGAGUUUAAGAGUACACAUGCGAAUCCACACGGGACAGAAACCCUUUUGCUGUGACUUAUGUGGACAAAAAUUUAACCAAAAAUCAGCCUUGAACACACACGUGAGAAUCCACACAGGAGAGAAACCGUUCUGUUGUGAGAUCUGUGGGCAAAAAUACGUCCAACUAUCAAACUUGAAAGCACACCAGAGAACUCACACAGGAGAGAAACCUUUUGGUUGCGAUCUAUGUGGACAAAGAUUUAGCCAUCCGUCAACUUUAAGAGCACACGUGAACAUCCACAGUGGGGAGAAACCUUUCUGUUGUGAAAUCUGUGGGCAAAGAUUCUGUCAGAAAACACAGCUAAUUACACACAUGAGAACUCACACAGGACACAAACCUUAUGGCUGUGAACUUUGUGGACAAAGAUUUAGUCACAAAGUAAGUUUAAGGACACAUAUGAGUAUCCACACUGGACAGAAACCGUUUUGUUGUGAUUUAUGUGGACAGGGAUAUAACCAGCAAGCAGGUUUAACAACACACAUGACAAUCCACGCAGAACAGGAGCCGCUCUGUUGUGAUAUGGACAAAGAUUUAGCUGCAAAUAGUCAUGAGAAUUAAAACGGUCAUAGAAUGAUUCUAUAGGGUAUCUGGUCCUUAAGGUCUCUAAUAAGGUGUGUAACAUUGG